AUGCUGAACGGAAGAGGUGAUUCUGAUGCAGCAGCAGAAACAGAACUCGAUUCAGAAGCUGAGGAUGACUCUGAUAGAGAAGUGGAGAAUGAUUCUGCUGCAGAACCAGAAGCAGAACUCAAUUCAGAAGCAGAACUCGAUUCAGAAGCAGAACUCGAUUCAGAAGCAGAACUCGAUUCAAAAGCGGAGGAUGACUCUGAUGCAGAAGCGGACGAGGAUUCUGAUGUAGAAGCAGAUCCAGAAGCAGAAUCAGAACUAGAUUCAAAAGCUGAGGAUGACUCUGAUGCAGAAGUGGAGGAGGAUUCUGAUGUAGAAGCAGAUCCAGCAGCUGAAGCAGAACUAGAUUCAAAAGCGGAGGAUAACUCUGAUGCAGAAGCGGAAGAUGACUCUGAUGUAGAAGCAGAUCCAGAAGCAGAAUCAGAACUAGAUUCAGAAGCUGAGAAUGACUCUGAUGCAGAAGCGGACGAGGAUUCUGAUGUAGAAGCAGAUCCAGAAGCAGAAGCAGAACUCGAUUCAAAAGCGGAGGAUGACUCUGAUGCAGAAGUGGAGGAUGACUCUGAUGCAGAAGCAGAGGAGGAUCCUGAUGUAGAAGCAGAUCCAGAAGCAGAAUCAGAACUAUAUUCAAAAGCGGAGGGUGAUUCUGUUGCAGCAGCGGAAGCUGUACUCGAUUCAGAAGCGGACGAGGAUUCUGAUGUAGAAGCAGAUCCAGAAGCAGAAGCGGAACUCGAUUCAGAAGCUGAGGAUGACUCUGAUGCAGAAGUAGAGGAUGAUUCAGAUAAAGUAGCAGAAGCAGAAGCAGUACUCAAUUCAGAAAGAGAACUUGAUUCUGAUACAGAUACAGAUCCGGAAGCAGAACUUGAUUCAGAAGCGGAGGGUGAUUCUGAUGCAGCAGCGGAAGCUGAACUCGAUUCAGAAGCGGAGGAUGACUCUGAUAGAGAAGUGGAGAAUGAUUCUGCUGCAGAACCAGAAGCAGAACUCGAUUCAGAAGCAGAACUCGAUUCAGAAGCAGAACUCGAUCCUAAAGCGGAGGAUGACUCUGAUGCAGAAGCGGAAGAUGACUCUGAUGUAGAAGCAGAUCCAGAAUUAGAAGCGGAACUCAAUUCAGAAGCGGAGGAUGACUCUGAUAGAGAAGUGGAGAAUGAUUCUGCUGCAGAACCAGAAGCAGAACUCAAUUCAGAAGCAGAACUCGAUUCAGAAGCAGAACUAGAUUCAAAAGCGGAGGAUGACUCUGAUGCAGAAGCGGAAGAUGACUCUGAUGUAGAAGCAGAUCCAGAACCAGAAGCUGAACUCAAUUCAGAAGCUGAGAAUGACUCUGAUGCAGAAGCGGACGAGGAUUCUGAUGUAGAAGCAGAUCCAGCAGCAGAAGCAGAACUCGAUUCAAAAGCGGAGGAUGACUCUGAUGCAGAAGCGGAGGGGGAUUCUGAUGUAGCAGCAGUUCCAGCAGCAGAAGCAGAACUAGAUUCAAAAGCGGAGGAUGACUCUGAUGCAGAAGUGGAGGAGGAUUCUGAUGUAGCAGCAGAUCCAGCAGCUGAAGCAGAACUAGAUUCAAAAGCGGAGGAUGACUCUGAUGCAGAAGCGGAAGAUGACUCUGAUGUAGAAGCAGAUCCAGAACCAGAAGCUGAACUCAAUUCAGAAGCUGAGAAUGACUCUGAUGCAGAAGCGGACGAGGAUUCUGAUGUAGAAGCAGAUCCAGAAGCAGAAGCAGAACUCGAUUCAAAAGCGGAGGAUGACUCUGAUGCAGAAGUGGAGGAUGACUCUGAUGCAGAAGCAGAGGAGGAUCCUGAUGUAGAAGCAGAUCCAGAAGCAGAAGCGGAACUCAAUUCAAAAGCGGAGGAUGACUCUGAUGCAGAAGCGGACGAGGAUUCUGAUGUAGAAGCAGAUCCAGCAGCAGAAGCAGAACUCGAUUCAAAAGCGGAGGAUGACUCUGAUGCAGAAGCGGAGGGGGAUUCUGAUGUAGCAGCAGUUCCAGCAGCAGAAGCAGAACUAGAUUCAAAAGCGGAGGAUGACUCUGAUGCAGAAGCGGAAGAUGACUCUGAUGUAGAAGCAGAUCCAGAAGCAGAAUCAGAACUAGAUUCAAAAGCGGAGGAUGACUCUGAUGCAGAAGCGGAAGAUGACUCUGAUGUAGAAGCAGAUCCAGAACCAGAAGCGGAACUCAAUUCAGAAGCGGAGGAUGACUCUGAUGCAGAAGCGGAGGGGGAUUCUGAUGUAGCAGCAGAUCCAGAAGCAGAAUCAGAACUAGAUUCAAAAGCGGAGGAUGACUCUGAUGCAGAAGUGGAGGAGGAUUCUGAUGUAGCAGCAGAUCCAGCAGCUGAAGCAGAACUAGAUUCAAAAGCGGAGGAUGACUCUGAUGCAGAAGCGGAAGAUGACUCUGAUGUAGAAGCAGAUCCAGAACCAGAAUCAGAACUAGAUUCAAAAGCGGAGGAUGACUCUGAUGCAGAAGCGGAAGAUGACUCUGAUGCAGAAGCGGAAGAUGACUCUGAUGUAGAAGCAGAAGCAGAAGCAGUACUCAAUUCAGAAGCUGAGAAUGACUCUGAUGCAGAAGCGGAGGAGGAUUCUGAUGUAGAAGCAGAUCCAGAAGCAGAAGCGGAACUCAAUUCAGAAGCCGAUUCAGAAGCCGAUUCAGCAGCCGAAGUAGAUGAUGGUUCCGAUGCAAAUGCAGAUUCAGAUGUUGAGCUUGAUUCAGAAGCAUAA